CAGGUGAGGCCCUGCCCCGAUGCCGCUCCUGGGCAGGCUCGGAUAGCGCGAAAAAGGAUUUUAGGGAGUGUGAAAAUGCAGGAAAAAGAAUAUUAGGAUGGCUCCGAGGAUGUUCUAGGCAGGAAAAAGCAAUGAGUCCAUCCCAGGCCUUGAGUCCAUUCCCAAACCUCGGGAAUGGAACAGUCAUUUAUUUUCAGUUUAAAUUAAUUAAUAAUUAUCUGCCAUUAAAAUCAAAGAUUCCACCCUAGAGCUCCCCAAGCUGUGAUUUCCCCCGUGUCUGGUUGAUUUGAAAUCGCCUGUUUUCCUUGGAUUUGACUUUUCCCACCGUGGAUAACAAUCACAGCCCGUUUUUGGGGCUGUUUAUCCAAAUUAAAGGAGUUUCUCCUCUUCUUCUGGAUCCCCCUGGAUCGGGAUAGAGGCAAUCCCGGGUUUUCCUGGCUCGGGUUUUUUUGGACUUCCAGAGGUUUUGAGGGAUGCCCAAGAAAUUCCAGGGAGAGAACAGCAAGUCGGCGGCGGCACGCGCCCGCAGGGCUGAGGCCAAGGCAGCGGCGGAGGCGCGGCGGCAGCAGGAGCUGGAGGAUGAGCUCUGGAAGGACGAGGACAAACACGUCCUGAGAAAGGAGCAGAGGAAGGAGGAGCGGGAGAAGCGGCGCCUGGAGCAGCUGGAGCGCCGCAAGGAGCUGCAGCGGCUGCUGGAGGAAGAGGACUCCAAGCUCAAAGGGAAAAGCCCCAAGCAGGGAAAUCCUGGGAAAAUCACCCGGGCCCAGAUCGAGGAGAAUGUCCGCAAGGAGCAGCAGCAGAGGGAAAACGCAGAUGCAGGGGAGAAGGAGAAAUCGCACCUGGAGCUGCCGCUGGAGGAGAACCUGAACCGGCGGCUGCCCGAGGAGGGCUCUGUGGAGGCGCGCAGCAUCGAGGACGCCAUCGCCGCCCUCAGCGUGUCCCAGCCCCUGGAGCGCCACCCUGAGCGCCGCCUUCGCGCCGCCUUCGCCGCCUUCGAGGAGCUGCAGCUGCCGCGCCUGCGGCGGGACAACCCCAACAUGCGGCUGAGCCAGCUGCGCCAGCUGCUCAAGAAGGAGUGGAUGAGGUCCCCCGAGAACCCCCUGAACCAGCGCCACAAACCCUACAACAGCCACCAAUAGCCCUGUGCCUCCCCGGACUGGGAUCCUCACCAGGACCCUUCUACCCCUGCGGGGUUUUGGGGUUUUUUCUCUCUCUCUCCCCCCCGUGGAUUUGGGGCGAGCUCAAGGUUGGACUGAUGCCACCUUCUCCUUCCUGAAAUUCCCUGGGAAAAGCGGCUCUCAAUGGCUCUCAGGUGUCCCUUGGCAUUCCCUCCUUGGAGUUCUGGAGUUGUCACAUGGAAAAUGCUCCUGGGGUGUGAACCUGAAGUGAUUCUAGACCCUGGAUCUCCCCUGGGUAUCCCUGGUCCUGUUUCCUUAGGAAUAUCCCUGAAAUCCCUGCUCCCGUUUCUCUGGAAUUGAGAUAUCCCUGAAAUCCCUGGUCCUGUUUCUUUGGGAUUUGGAUGUCCUUGAAAUCCCUGUUCCCAUUUCCUUUGGACUGGGAUAUCCCUGUUCCUGUUUCCUUUGGGAUUGGGGCCAUUUUCUUUGGGAUGGGCCUAUCCCCAAAAUCCCUGGUGCCAUUUCCUUUGGAACUGGGGCAGAAGAGUUGGGAAGAGGGAAAAUCCCUCAGGGAGGAGUGGGAAGAGCCUUUCCUGGGGGGGACAGGCACUCCAGGUGACAUUCCCAGUGUCCUCUGGAAUGCUGGAGCCCCAAAUCCACCCAGAGGAGGGAUUCCCAUCCUUUGGGAAUGGAAUUCCUUCCCAGGAAUUGGUCUGGAGGUGCCAUGUGACUUCCCAAAAUCCCAUGGGAUUCAUCCAGGCUCAUCCUUUUCCCUCUUUUUGGGACUGACCCCGCUGGGUUGGGCACUGUUCCCACAUCCCAGAAUUCCCAAAUCCAGCCAAGGAGGAGUGACACCCCCCCCCUUUUGUGUGAGUUUGGUGUGUUUGAAUUCAAUUAAAAAUUUAAAGA